AUGAAUUUAUUUUUUAUUUUUAUAAUUGUUAUAUCCCCUAUAUUAAGCUUAGAUAUUAAAAAGAACGAGCUUUUUUAUUUAUCUCCCUCGUCAAAAAACUACAACAAAAAUGCAUAUUUUAAAAAAUAUAAAAAAAAUAUAUACUUAAGUAAUGAAACAAAAAAUGAUAACUUAACUGGAGAAUACAUUUCAUCUAAGUUGUCUUAUUCUGAUUAUAAAACUAUUGAUAUAGAAGAUAUAAAAAAUACUCUUCCACACAGAUAUCCCUUUCUUUUAGUAGAUAAAGUGUUACAUAUAGAACCAAAUAAAAAAAUAAUUGGUGUUAAGCAAGUUUCUGUAAAUGAAAAUUUUUUUAAUGGUCAUUUUCCUGAAAAGCCAAUUAUGCCUGGUGUUUUACAGAUUGAGGCUUUAGCUCAAUUAGGAGGAGUACUAUGUUUGAAAAGUGAAGAAAAUCAAAAAAAUAAUUUAUUUUUGUUUGCAGGGGUGGAUGGUGUUAGAUGGAAGAAACCUGUUUUACCAGGUGAUACAUUAGUGAUGGAAGUAGAACAAAUUUCAUUUAAACCAUCUCUUGGAAUAGCUAAAUUGAGAGGUGUCGGUUAUGUGAACGGAAAUGUUGUCAUUAAAGUUUCUGAAAUGACCUUUGCUUUAUCAAAAUAA